UGGACAACUCUCAGUUCCUUAUAGUUAUCCAGACACCACACGGGUCCUUCCUCCCGCUGACCACCUUGAAGCCAUGGUUUCCAAACGCGUCUUCAUCUGCAGCCUGGGCUCCAUCUACCUGUCCCUCCUCUUCGUCUUUUUGCUCAUGGAUGUCUACGCCCGGCCGGCCAACAGCUCCGUCCUCAAAGAGAAGGCGGCCGACAGCAAAGACGAAAACGAGAUCCUCCCUCCGGACCACUUGAAUGGAGUCAAGAUGGAGCUGGACGGGCACCUCAACAAGGAGUUUCACCAGGAGGUCUUCUUGGGGAAAGAGAUGGAGGAGUUUGAGGAAGACUCAGAACCGUGGAGGAACCGGAAGAAACUGGUGGUGAUUUUCUCAAAGGUUGACAUCAACCGGGAUAAGAAAAUCAGCGCCAAGGAGAUGCAGCGCUGGAUCAUGGAGAAGACCGAGGAGCACUUCCAGGAGGCCAUGAAAGAAAACAAGAUGCACUUCCAGGCCGUGGACCCUGAUGGCGACGGCCACGUGUCCUGGGAUGAAUAUAAAAUCAAGUUCCUGGCAAGCAAAGGCAUGAACGAGAAAGAGGUGGCGGAAAAGAUUAAAAACAACGAAGAGCUGAAGAUUGACGAAGAGAGUGAGUGUCUUUUUUUCCUGAACAGGAUUCAAAGCCCAUGGGUUCUGUGA